AUGAACAAAGCAGAAGCACCACGUCGCCCGACCGCCUCUCUAAAAUUCACUAUCGACAACAUCCUCAACCUCAAGACAAGCGGCAGUAACUGUGACACUUGUCACUCCGCCGGAUCGCAGGAUGAACUGGCCACAGCGAUGCGUAAAGACAGUUUUCAUCACGAAGAGAAAGGAACUCAAGCCAGACAGGACCCGGACAGGCUCAACGACAGUGAGUUAAUCACAGACUGUAGCGGAUCAACGGAAACGGUCGUCAUCAGCCGCGGGAAUCAGAGGAAGGUGACGGAGGCGCGCUUCGAGAGCGGGGACAGCAGCUGCGAUGACAGCAGCUCCCCCACCGCAGCCACAGACGCCCACAAAGGAGGGAGCCCAGGCAAGAAGAAUAAAAUGAUAACGAAAAAGAAAACACGCACUAUUUUUUCAAAGAGACAGAUUUUUCAGCUGGAGUCUACUUUUGACAUGAAACGUUACCUGAGCAGCGCAGAGCGCGCCUGCCUUGCCAGUUCGUUGCAGCUCACGGAGACCCAGGUAAAAAUAUGGUUUCAGAACCGUAGGAAUAAAUUGAAACGACAAAUUUCUAACGAAAUCGAGGGACCAGUUAGCGAUUUCCCCGAGACUGGAAAGCCUGUGGUGGUGGGGCAACUCCCGGCUUUGUACAAAGAGAGCAACCUGCUGGGGAGAUGCCUGCUGCCCGUGCCUCUGCCCGUGGUCUACCCGGGAAGUAGCACGCCUUACCUCUGCUUCUCAAACGCCAGCAAGUACUUCAGCCUGUAUGAAGGGGACGUAUGAUGCUUUUAACAAUUCCCCGCGUGAAAGAGACACUUUUAGUGGUCUGUUGCCAACUUUGAAGCAUUUAAGGUGGUUUAGAUGGAGGAGACGGCUCUGGGGCCUUAACUGUUGAUUAAGACUGCAACUACAGUGGCAGGGGAGUAGUUACAUAUCACAUACAAAUAAGCGGAUUCAGUAUUAUUUAUUUUCAGUCAUCUGUGGGUUUUGUAGAGGCCUGACACGAAACCUAUUGUUACACAUAGCCCUGUACAGAUCAUUCUCAGGCUACGCUAAUGAUAGCCCGAGGGAGGCCCAAAACAAUAUAAUUUAGAUCAUUUUAUUGUUUACAUUAUUAUUAUUAUUGUUAUUAUUAUUAUUAUUGUUGACAAAAGCAUAUCCAGCAGCCUAAGCCACCAAAGAAAUUAUUAUAUCCGAUUUGCAUG